UAUUACUUUUCAUCCAUAUGGUCGUACUAUCUCGUCGACAUUCGUCGAGUUUCUUCGUCGAUCUACUGCGGUGGGUGUUGCUUCCACUUCGGGAGGCAUUCUCCCCGCAAUUCCUCGCAGCAGCAGUCUGGCUCUUCUCCUGCUCCGUUUGGAACUGCAUGGUGCAAGUUUACAUCGAUCGCUUGUAUGCACAACGAUACUUCGGGAAUCGACGCUGGGAUCCCCUACCCGAUGCGGGGUUCGCUCUUCUCCCCUAUGUCGAAGAGCCCGAUCUGGCUGAUCAGUGGCAGACUUUUAUUCUCGGCAGCACAUUGAUUGCAUUCAUGCUUCUGCAUCCACAGAGGAUCAAGGUCCUGAAGCGUUUCUGUGCCAUACAGGGAUCCGUAUUUCUUCUGAGGAGCUUGACGAUAGGGGCUACUCUACUCCCAAAUCCGUAUAGCCACUGCGUCAACGAGCAUAGACACGACGAGAACAUUUUUUUCGAGGCUCUGGCCGUAAUGGGCGGCACCCGGGCCACCUGCGGGGAUGUGCUCUUCAGUGGCCAUGCUGCUAACAUUACGAUCAUGGCCCUCAUAUGGAAUGAGUACUGCCGCCAUUUUCUGCCCCCAAGUGCCUAUGUUACGGUACGAUCAACUGGUAUGUGGAAUGCCAAGCGGCGUACUGGGUUCAACCGGGACUACUUAGCAUUCGCUGCUUGGAUGUUGGGUUACUUCCUACCCAAGGUGCUCUGCCCUAUUCUUGCUGCUGCGGGAUAUGUGGUGGUCAUAGCGACACACUUCCACUACACUGUCGAUGUGCUCGUGGGCAUAUUCGUAGCAUGGAAAAUGUGGAGGGUCUACCACAUGUAUGUCCGUUCUCCCAAGCUUCUGCUGAAAGCACCCUUCUUGAGAUGGUUCGAGGAGCGAACAGUGGCUGAUUUGUUGGAAGCGAAGUCUGAGCUGAGGCGGAUUCGAUCGAGACGAAAAAGGAGGAUGUUCGAGGACCGAGAUGGCGGUGCAUCGACGAGCACGGCUGCAACAGUGAGCGACAAGUUCCGUGGCUCGAUGAUGGCCCGCCGGUUAGACUGGUCCAGCAGUGACGACUGGUCUAGUUCGAGUGGUCGGUGCUCGUGUGCAUCGUCCAUCCAGCCUGUUAGCCGUCGUCGGCAGCGGCCCUUCAUCAGGGAGUCCCCCUGCUGUUACGCUUGUGGUGGUGUACGAUCUCCUCUGGGCACUCCCCGUGGGAGUAGCACUGCGGACAGUAGUGUUGGGCGUUUUUGACCCAUUUCUCUCCAUGUAUAUAACUGAAUGCGGCGGGGUAGCUGAAUGCCUCCGUAGCGA